AUGUCUCAACAAGAAGUACCAACUUUUAAGCUUGUCCUAGUCGGUGAUGGUGGCACCGGCAAGACAACUUUCGUCAAACGCCACUUGACAGGUGAAUUCGAAAAGAAGUACGUGGCGACUCUUGGUGUUGAAGUACAUCCUUUGACAUUUCAUACAAACUUUGGUCCUAUUUGCUUCAACACAUGGGACACUGCGGGACAGGAGAAAUUUGGUGGUCUCAGAGACGGUUACUACAUUCAAGGACAGUGCGCCAUCAUCAUGUUUGACGUUACAUCCCGAAUUACAUAUAAAAAUGUACCAAACUGGCAUCGUGAUUUAGUCCGUGUGUGCGAAAAUAUUCCAAUUGUUCUUUGCGGUAAUAAGGUUGACAUAAAGGAACGUAAAGUCAAGGCUAAAACUAUUACAUUCCACCGGAAGAAGAAUCUUCAAUAUUAUGAUAUUUCAGCGAAAAGCAAUUACAACUUCGAAAAACCUUUCUUGUGGUUGGCCCGUAAACUCAUUGGCAAUCCAAACCUUGAGUUCGUCGCUUCCCCAGCACUUGCACCCCCAGAAACUGUGAUGGAUCCCAAUCUGAUUGCUCAUGUGCUAAUAUACAUGAUGCCAUCAAUUCUUCAUAACAGAGGAAGACGAUGA